AUGGUUGGUGAAUUUGAUCACACUCAGGCAGUAUGUCCAGCAGCAUACCUCACUGUCGCGGCUAGAGAGCACAUGAUGCAGCAACUCAAGGACAACCUACUGUCAGCUCAGAACAGAAUGAAGGUGUAUGCGGACCAACGCCGGACCGACAGGCACUAUGAUGUGGGCGACAUGGUAUACUUACGUAUCCAACCAUACAGACAGAAUGCUUUUGGUCUCCGGGGAUCGCUGAAACUUCGUUCCAAAUACUAUGGGCCGUUCAAGAUCGAGGAGCGUGUGGGUGAAGUGGCAUACAGAUUACAUCUCCCAGACACAGCCACCAUCCAUCCUGUGUUCCACAUCAGCCAGCUCAAGGCACACGUGGGUAAGCAUGCUAUUCCCCUACCUCACGUGCCACUUGUGACCGAAGAUGGCAAGAUCAAAACAGCUCCUUACGUUGUACUUGAUGAACGUGUGAUACAGCGACAGAAAAACCCAGUUAAGCAAGUGCUUAUUCAUUGGGAGAGCCUGGGACCCGAAGAUGCAACUUGGGAGGAUCUGCGCUUCAUCGCAACACAGUUUCCUUCCUUUCAGCCUUGA